CAGUUUCCAAAGUCCAAUAUAUAAAGGAGGAAACAAACAAACAAAAAAGUCGAGCAGAUCUGGUCAGAUCCUGAGACGCUGAGCCCAGAGCAAUGUUGCUGAAACCAGUGCUAUUGCUGGUCCUGGUGGCCCCCGUGUUGGGACUGGAGAACGGGCUCAUGCAGACGCCGCCCAUGGGCUGGCUGGCCUGGGAACGCUUCCGCUGUAACAUCAACUGUGAGGAGGACCCCAAGAACUGCAUCAGUGAGCGGCUCUUCAUGGAAAUGGCUGACCGCCUGGCACAGGAUGGAUGGCGGGACCUGGGCUACACCUACCUUAACAUUGAUGACUGCUGGAUUGGUGGGCGAGAUGCCAGUGGCCGCCUGCUGGCCGAUCACAAGCGCUUUCCCAAUGGCAUUGCCUUCCUGGCUGACUAUGCUCACUCACUAGGUCUGAAGCUGGGCAUCUAUGAGGACCUGGGCAACUUCACCUGCAUGGGCUACCCAGGCACCACGCUGGACAAGGUGGUGCAGGAUGCUAACACCUUCGCCAAAUGGAAGGUGGACAUGCUGAAGCUGGAUGGCUGCUUCUCCACAGUCGAGGACCGGGCCCAAGGGUACCCCAAGAUGGCUGCUGCCCUGAAUGCCACUGGCCGCCCCAUUGCCUUCUCCUGCAGCUGGCCAGCCUAUGAAGGGGGACUGCCCCCCAAGGUGAACUACAGUCUGCUGGCCGACAUUUGCAACCUCUGGCGGAACUAUGACGACAUCCAGGAUUCCUGGGAGAGUGUGCUGUCCAUCCUGGACUGGUUUGUGGCCCACCAGGACAUACUGCAGCCAGUGGCAGGCCCUGGGCACUGGAAUGACCCAGACAUGCUGCUCAUUGGGAACUUCGGCCUCAGCUUCGAGCAAGCCCGCUCCCAGAUGGCCCUGUGGACGGUGCUGGCGGCCCCCCUCUUCAUGUCCACGGACCUGCGCACCAUCUCCCCGCAGAACAUGGACAUCCUGCAGAACCCGCUCAUCAUCAAGAUCCAUCAGGACCCUCUCGGCAUCCAGGGACGCAGGAUCCUCAUGCACAAGACCCACAUUGAAGUGUACCUGCGACCACUGGUCAGCGAGGCCUACGCCUUAGUCUUCUUCAGCCGUAGGACAGAUAUGCCUUUCCGCUACAGCACCUCCCUGGCCCAGCUGAACCUCACCAGUUCUAACCUAUAUGAGGCCCAGAAUGUCUACACAGGUGAUAUCAUCAGUGGCCUCCGUGAUGAUACCAAAUUCACGGUGAUCAUUAAUCCUUCAGGAGUGGUUAUGUGGUACCUAUAUCCCAUCAAGAAGCUGGGGAUGUCCCAGCACUGAGGACCUGGGACACAUGACAGGCUGUGGCGGCACCACUGAGCCCAGAGCAUGGAGCCUCCACAUGCCAAGGGCCAGUAGCAGGUCUCUGCUCCCCAGGUCCCCCUGGGUGAGCUGACCCCAUCGGACUCCAAGCGCAACCUCAGGAUUAAGCUCUGCGUCCUGCUCACUGUGGGCCUUCUCAGAAACUGGAGUCACUUUCCUGUGGCCUUUUUCAGGGGUCACUGGAUGGCCUGGCCAGCUCCCAGAGGCCUGCAAGCUGGGACAGACACCUGCCAGGACACCGGUCUCCACCCUCCUUCCCUUGACUCUGAAAUGAGGACUUGGAAAUUAUAAUUCAGCAUGGCGUUCAGCCAUCUUUGGGGAAAUUCCCAUGGAUUAUGUGAUUGGCUCUCCUCAAAGGAGGAUGCCAAGGGAAUGACUUUGGUCCCCUUACGUCACCAAUAAAGCUGCUCUUUAGCCAUGGAGUUAUAA